AUGGUUGCCCUAAUCUCCAAGAAGAGAAAGCUUGUUGCCGACGGUGUUUUCUACGCCGAAUUGAAUGAAUUCUUCACCAGAGAGUUGGCCGAAGAAGGCUACUCCGGUGUCGAGGUCAGAGUCACCCCAACCAAAACCGAGGUCAUCAUCAGAGCCACCAGAACCCAGGAGGUCCUAGGUGAAAACGGGAGAAGAAUCAACGAAUUGACCCUUCUAGUCCAGAAGAGAUUCAAGUACGCUCCAGGUACCAUCGUUCUUUUCGCCGAAAGAGUCCAAGAGCGUGGGUUGUCCGCCGUCGCUCAGGCUGAAUCCAUGAAGUUCAAGUUGUUGAACGGGUUGGCGAUCAGAAGAGCCGCUUACGGUGUCGUCAGAUACGUCAUGGAAUCCGGUGCUAAGGGUUGUGAAGUGGUCGUCUCCGGUAAGUUGAGAGCCGCUAGAGCCAAGGCCAUGAAGUUCGCUGACGGGUUCUUGAUCCACUCCGGUCAACCAGUCAACGACUUCAUCGACGUCGCCACCAGACACGUCUUGAUGAGACAAGGUGUCCUAGGUAUCAAGGUCAAGAUCAUGAGAGACCCUGCCACCAACACCAAGGGUCCAAAGGCCUUGCCUGACGCUGUCACCAUCGUCGAGCCAAAGGACGAGGAACCCGUCUUGGUCGCCUCCGUCAACGACUACAGACCAGCCGCCCAGGAGACUGAACAAGCCCCAGCUCAGUCUGAGGAAGCUCCAGUCGCUGAAGCCUCUGCUUAA